AUGUCUGUUGAUACACCAGCCACCGGUCUUUCCAAAAAAUUGGAUACAUUCGAUAUUAAAGGAGGCAAGUCCCUUUGUGACGCGUUAGCCGAGGCAGCAAAAGCAAAAGAUGAAGCAAAAGGUGAUGUCACAUUGACUAAACAAAAUUUAAUUGAAAAAUCUAAUAACAAGGAAACAUCUUGUAAGCAAGAAAAUGAGAGCAAAACAAAAGAAGACGUUUUAAAGGCAAAUAGACGUAAACUUAAGGAAUUGGAAAAAGAUGAACCACUACUUAAAGAAAACCCUAAACGGUUCGUUAUGUUCCCUAUACAGUAUCAUGAGAUUUGGAAUUUUUAUAAAAAGGCAGAAGCUUCAUUUUGGACCGCUGAGGAAAUUGACUUGGGUAAGGAUCUCCAAGAUUGGAAAAAAUUGAAUGACAAUGAACGAUUUUUUAUAAGCAGGAUCCUUGCGUUUUUUGCUGCUUCCGAUGGUAUUGUAAAUGAAAACUUGGUGGAGAAUUUUUCUGCUCAAGUACAAAUCCCUGAGGCAAAAGCCUUUUAUGGAUUCCAAAUAAUGAUGGAAAACAUUCACCUGGAGACUUACUCAUUAUUAAUCGAUACUUAUAUCAAAGACCGCAAAGAAGCAGAUUACUUAUUUAAUGCAAUUGAACAUAUACCUGCCAUAAAAAAGAAGGCCGAGUGGGCACUUAGAUGGAUAACAGACCCUGAAGCAAGUUACGCUGAACGUUUGGUUGCUUUCGCCGCUGUUGAAGGUGUGUUUUUCAGUGGCUCGUUUGCUUCCAUUUUCUGGUUGAAGAAAAGAGGUGUUAUGCCGGGACUAACAUUCUCCAAUGAAUUGAUUUCAAGAGAUGAAGGUAUGCACACAGAUUUUGCUUGUUUGUUAUAUAGCCAUUUGGAAAAUCGUCCAGAAAAGUCUGUUAUUGAAAAAAUCAUUACUGAAGCAGUGUCGAUUGAAAAAGAAUUCUUCAACGAUGCAUUGCCCGUACACUUGCUUGGAAUGAAUGCUGACCUUAUGAAUACUUAUGUCGAAUUCGUUGCUGAUAGAUUAUUGGAGUCUUUAGGUAACGAAAAAGUUUACAAAGUCACUAAUCCUUUCGACUUUAUGGAAAAUAUCUCCUUAUGUGGUAAAACCAAUUUCUUUGAAAAGAGAGUUUCUGAUUAUCAAAAAGCUGGUGUUAUGGCUGGUUCCAAAGAGAAUAACAAUGCUUUUGCAUUCGAUGAAGAUUUUUAA